AUGUAUGAUAGAGGUUUUUCAUGCAGCGACAUAAAAAUCACAGAGGAGGAUGAAGAAUUCUUUUUUAGGGAGACUGACAUUGGCCGGGAGAUUGAAGAAUCCAAGGAUAUAUCUUGUCCAAGACAUUUUCUUGCACAACAUCACCACAAAAUUGAUACAGAUAAAAUACUGAUGUCUUUAAACAAUGACAACUUCUUGCUUUUUACUGAUUCACGAGAAGGCGAGAUUUACAAGAUGAAUUUAUCAACGUAUAUUAGUGAACCAUUAUUCGGUUUCCAUCCUAACCCUAUUGCUGUAAGUUUCGAUAAAGAAAAAGAACGCAUUUACUGGUCAGAUAAUGAACUACGUCAGUUGAAGUCUGGUGACAUUGAAGGCAAAACGAAUAGAGUAGUUCGUUUCCUAGGAAACGAUUCCGUGGUAGAUGGGAUUUCCAUAGAUUCGGUAUCUAGGUUGCUCUUCUUCACAGAUUCGGGAUAUAGCACUAUUUCUGUAGUAACUCUAGACGGAAAUAAUUAUCAAAAAACCAUCAUACAGGAAGCAGUGGACAAACCAAGAGCAAUUGUUUCCGAUUACGAAACUGGAGUUAUAUAUUGGACGGAUUGGGGUGACAGCCCACGGAUUGAAAGGGCAAACUAUGAUGGAUCAGAAAGGCAAGAUCUUAUUACAAGGGGCUUAUAUUGGCCAAACGGUCUGGCAAUAGAUUUUGAAGGUAUACAUUUUGCUUUGAGCAUGAUAUGA